AGCGUCGCGAAAAUUCUUUCCGUCCUUCCCGAUAGAAAAGCCGAGGGCUGGGGUUUAGCCGCGGCGCCUCUUCUCUUUUUCUCUCUCCACGAAUCUAGGGUUUCCACCUCGUCAUCGCCAUGGACUUCGACGAGUACGAGUACCUCGAGAAGACGGUCGAGGCCUCCGCCGCGCCUCCGGCCAACGGAUCCGACGGGAAGGACCGCGGCUCCCGCCGCCGGAGCAGCGCCGGCGACGGAGAGGACCGCGACGACGGCGAGCGCCGGUCCAAGCGCUCUCGCUCCGAGCACCGUGACCUUGAGAGCCGGGAGCGCCACCGCAGCAGCCGGGAGCGCCGCGACCGCGACCGGGACCGGGACGUGAGGGAGAAGGAGAGGCUGGGCAGGGAGAGCGAGCGGGAGAGGGAGAAGGACAGGGAGCGGAGAAGCCGCGACCGCGACCGCGAGGAGAGGGAGAGGGAGCGGAGGAGCCGCAGCCGGUCGGAGCGUCGCCGCGGCGACGACGAGCGAGAGCGAGAGCGCUUCCGUGAGCGCGACUACCGUGACCGUGACGUCAGACGUAGGAAAGAAGAUGGUGCCGAACCUGAAGCAGAUCCAGAAAGAGAUCAAAGAACUGUAUUUGCCUUCCAGCUAUCAUUGAAGGCGGAUGAAAGAGAUGUGUAUGAGUUCUUCUCAAGGGCCGGGAAGGUCCGGGAUGUCCGCUUAAUAAUGGAUCGAAACUCACGACGUUCUAAAGGAGUCGGGUAUAUUGAAUUUUAUGAUGCUAUGUCGGUUCCAAUGGCGAUUGCUCUUAGAGGUCAACCGCUUCUUGGUCAACCAGUGGACGUUAAGCCAUCAGAGGCUGAAAAGAAUCUAGUUCAGUCUAAUGCUUCGUCAAGUGUAGCCGCAUCAGGUGGGGCAAGGAAGUUGUAUGUUGGAAAUCUUCACUCCAAUAUUACAGAGGAGCAAUUGAGACUGGUCUUCGAACCAUUUGGAUUGGUUGAGCUUGUCCAGCUGCCUGUAGACCCACUUACCGGAUUAUGUAAAGGUUUUGGUUUUGUGCAGUUUGCACGUCUGGAAGAUGCAAAAGCUGCUCAGAGUUUAAAUGGUCAACUUGAUAUUGCUGGAAAAGUAAUCAAGGUUUCAGCUGUGACGGAGCAACCGGGAGUGCAAGCCAGUGGGGCAACCGCAGGCGAUUUGGAUGAUGACGAAGGUGGAGGCUUGGCACUGAAUGCUAGCUCGAGAGCUCUUCUUAUGCAGAAACUGGACCGUAGUGGCGCCACCACCAGUUUGACUUCUGGGUUGGGUGCUUCUGCCGUGGCAUUACCACCUGUGUCAGUUCUUGGUGCUCCUGCAACCGGUCCUGUGCUACAGUCUACAGUGCCUGGUCUUGGUUUAAUUCCAGGGGCAUCUAUUCCGGUUAUUACCCAGUCCAUUGACACGGCUCCACCUAGUGAAUGCCUAUUGCUCAAGAAUAUGUUUGAUCCAGCUGUGGAGACGGAUCCUGAUUUUGAUUUAGAUAUUAGAGAUGAUGUUCGAGAAGAAUGCUCUAAGUUUGGGCAAGUAAGACACAUUUUUGUAGACAAAAAUACCGCAGGCUUUGUGUACCUGCGGUUCGAUAGCAUAACGGCCGCCAUGGGUGCACAGAAAGCACUUCAAGGGCGAUGGUUUGCGGGAAAGAUGAUUACUGCAACAUUUAUGUCCACUCAGCAGUAUGAAAUGAAGUUCCCAGAGUGAACCUGGCAGCGGACUCGCUUAGAAGCUGGAAAUAGCGUCUUCGGUGUCGUGCACCCGCUCCUCAUCGCCGGUGCCUUUGGCCAAUAUUAGUGGAGGAAAUGUCUCUUCAUCAGUUGUAACAUUACACCAUCAAGCAUCCAAGCGUGUUGUAGCAUCAAACAAUUCAAUGAUCACCAAAAGUAAUUAGAAGAGUUGUGGUUCCAUGUUAA